AUGCAAUCUAUUUCUACUGGAUUAUUAGAUCGAAAACAUUGGCCAACAACAUGGUCCCCGGAUAUGGAAUUCAAACGUAACUCUUCGUUUCAUUCAUUAUUACGCACACCACCUAAAACCGCCAGUCCGGUCUCGGCUCCAAAACUGGGUGCCAUCUUGCGAUCUUCGCCGAGAAAGCGGCUGCUAUUAGGCGAAGUAGAAAGAAUUCCACUCACACCAGAGAAGAUAGAUUUCAGUGACAUCAGCACUCCUGAAAAGUUUAAAAUCACCAGCCCAAUGAAAAGUACACCGCCAAUGAAAAAAUCUCGCCUCGAAAAACUAACAAAAUUCAGCGGACCAAUAGACGCAGCUCUAAAGGGGUUAAGUCGCACUCAGCUCAUAAGUGUCAUUAAAAACAUAACUUAUACGCAUCCUGAAAUCGAAGAGGAGACGCAGAGAGAUGCCGACGCCAGACUUAGCCCCGCUAGAGGAGAGAUUGAGUUGUUUGAAGUCGAAUAUCUUCAAGAGUCUGCCGACAUCACGAUUGACUUCAAUAACCGACUCGCCUGCUUACUCCCGCGUUGCGACACAUUUGGAUGCAUUCAAAAAGUGUGUCGUGGAACAAGGGAAGGUUUUGGUGGAAUCUCAGCAUUGGGAGUCUGUUAUUCGCUAUUUUUUUCUCGCAUGGACUUAUCUCUAAAGAAAGGUGAUCUGAGUCAGGAUUUCCUAAUCGAUGUCCAAGAUAAACUUCAAGACAUGGUUACCGACAGUGAUGAUAUACAAACAUGUCUAAAGCACAUUCAAGGGCAGUUACAGGAAUAG